AUGGCUUCUAUGGAGCUUCUGUUGAUAGAUAAAGAAAACAGGCAACCCGAUCCUCCAAUCAACACUGACUGGGGUUUUAAAGCUCUGCAUAUUCAUAAGUCAAGCAGUGCACCUGGGAAGACAGUUUCUAGCGAGCAGCAGUCUAACUCAGCUGAAACGGCAACUGUCAGUGAAGGACAGUGUCAUUCAGGACCAGGGACAACUCCCACUAGAGGGGGCCAGUAUUCCAAGCACUGCUGUCAAGGACUUGGAAAGGAGAUAACGAUGUGUUGCGACAAGGAAUUAGAGACAUCAUUCACUUACAUUGAUGAAAACAUCAACCUCCAGCGUGCCAGCCCUCAAUUGUCUGCAGAAAGCCUGUAUGGGAAAUCAGAUCACAGCUCUUCCAAUGCAAUUCACCAAGAAGGUCUUCAGGACCUCUUUCUAAUGUCUGAUGAUGAAACUUCCUUAGAGGCUUCAGGAAAAUCAGUUGACUAUGGUUUUAUUAGUGCAAUUACAUUUCUUGUUACGGGGAUGUUCUUAGUUAUUAUUUCCUAUGCAAUACCACGAGAUGUCAAUGUAAACCCAGACACUGUCUCAGCAAGAGAGAUGGAGAAGCUAGAGAAUGAAAGUGCAAGGAUUGGAGCCCACUUAGACAAGUGUGUUAUUGCCGGACUUUGUUUGCUCACCUUGGGGGGAGUUGUGCUCUCCACCUUGCUCAUGGUAUCCAUGUGGAAGGGAGAGAUGUACAGAAGGAAAGCAUUUGCAUAUUCCAAAGAAUCUGCAAAACUGUAUGGCUCUAUCAAUUUUAGAAUGGGAUCAAGUCCCAAUGGCGCUACCUCACAGGUAUCUAUAGUUGAAGAAGAUAUAGUAUCCUUAGACUAAAAUUUUAAUAUACAAUAUGUUUUUAAAAUAUAUAUAUAUCACGGUUUAGCAUAACUGAUUUUAUGUACAUAUUGUAUUCAAAUACUUUUGCACGCUGAUUAUGGGUUUAUAUUUUCUUCUGUCAAUCAGAUGUUUUAACCAUUUAUGAAAUAUAUUGUAGGUAUUGAUGGGAAGUCAGCUACUUCUUUCUUGCUGAAGUUGUGAUGUACAGUAACUGCCUGUAAAGAAAAUGGCUUAUAAUCUAAAUGACUGGCUCCCAAAAACUUUUUUAAUUUGCUUUGAUCAUUUAAAGGAAUCUCGUAAUUGUGUUUCAUGGUUUUUUAAGGGAGGUGUAUAAAAAUCUAUUCAUUUUUGUAUGUAUUUGUUUGUUUGUUUAUAUUUAAUGUAUUCUGUUAUUUAUAGUUCAUUUUAAGUUAAGGCACUUCUUGUAAAGUAUUGUCAAAAAAGGAUCCCACUUUGUAAACCGUUCUACUAUAUAACCAUAAAUUGGUGUUGAUUACCUAAUGUAUUCAGGUAAAUGUAUUGCACGGUUGUAGCCUAUGCCCUUAAAUAGAAAGAAAUAAGAACAUUCUCAGCAUACUGUAUUUUUGGGACACAAAUAAACCAGGGAAAAUAUUUAGUACAAUAAUA